AUGCUUUCCCUCACCUUCAGAGAAGCUUCCACAGACGACGCUCCCGAGCUCGUCACUUUUAUCAACGCCGCAUACCGCGGAGAGACGGCAAAGAAGGGAUGGACCACUGAGGCGGACCUACUAUCUGGCACACGCAUUGAUGACGUGGAAAUUUGCCAUAAAAUUGAGGCCCCCAGAUCAUACCUCAUCAUGGCGCACGAUGCCGAAAACAAGCUGGCGGCAUGCUGCGAGGUCUUGUGCCAUGAAAGCAACGUUGCCUACUUUGGUCUGUUUGCUGUCGAUCCUCAGAGACAGGCUGGGGGCAUUGGAAGACAAGUUCUUGAAUAUGCUGAAGCCUUUUGCAAAGAGAAGUGGCAGUGUCCCAAGAUUGAAAUGCAAGUCAUUUGGACACGAACUGAGCUGAUUUCGUGGUACGAGAGACGAGGAUACAAGCUCGUGCCUGGAGUAACAAGACCAUUCCCUGUACAAAACUUGAAGAACGGACAGCCGCUGAGAGACGAUUUACACUUUAUUGUAUUGGAGAAGACUCUUUAA